GUAAAACGAGAAGUGGGCUGGUCUUUUAACAUGUCGAGGGUGUGUGUAUGUGUGUGCGUGUCUGUGCCCGUACCCGUACCGCAGCCUGUGCGUGUGUAUGUGUGGGCGCGGGCACAGUGCACGUCUGUGGCAGGAUGUGGAGAUACAGAAACGUUACCGUACACGGCCGGAGCGAGUCGCCAUGCUGGAGCUGCAGAGCAGCUGUGUAGGUCACUUGCUGAGACGUGGCGAGCGAGCGAGCGGGCGGGCAGCGGUAGGACCAUGGCAGUCAAAAGUUUAUGAGGACGGUGUGUUUAUUCGUAGGUAGAAAACGCGCUCCAUAUAAGUCAAGGUCAGGCGGGGAGGCUGCGCAGUUUCCCCCUCAGCACAAAGUGAUUCAAUCAUCCGCAAUCUCAGGAAGUCCAGGAACUUUGCAGCCGGAACGAGUGGAAGUAAUUUUUGCUAGUCUGUCUACCAAGGUGGUGAUCGCUUCAUGUGACCUGCUUUGUGUGCUCUUUGAGACGCUCUCUCUCUCCUUCUUGGGGAACUUUAAUCGAACUGCUGGGAAAUGAGUGCGACAGUAAAUGAAGCGGAGCCCAAACCGGGUACAGCGCCAAAAACGAACGGACUAGACUCGGUUCCGAAACCAGCAACCCCCAAAUCGGACCCACUCUCAGAGCUGGAACCGGACGGCGAGUCUCAGUCCUCGGUAGAAGACGCCAAACACACGGGGAUUAAAUUCGUCAAGACGUUCCUGUUGGUGUUUCCCAUUUAUGUGCUGGGCUAUCUCGAGUUUAGCUUCAGCUGGAUCCUCAUCGGCCUCGCCGUGUUAUUCUGGCUCAAACGGAACCAGAGUACGAGGUUUCCGAGGGUGAACAGAGCUCUGGCCUUUUUCGAGCACGAAGAGAGAUUCGUGCGACAGAGUUUGCCAACUUCAGAGCUGCCACCGUGGGUCCACUUUCCAGAUGUGGAGAGAGUGGAAUGGCUCAAUAAGACAGUGCAGCAGAUGUGGCCGUAUAUUUGCCAGUUUGUGGAUAAACUCUUCCGUGAGACCAUCGAGCCAGCUGUCAAAGGAGCGAACUCGCACCUCAGCUCCUUCUGCUUCUCCAAGAUAGACAUGGGGGACAAGCCUUUGCGAGUGAAUGGAGUGAAGGUAUAUACAGAGAAUGUAGACAAACGACAGAUUAUAAUGGAUCUACAAAUAAGCUUUAUUGGAAACACAGAGAUCGACGUGGAAAUUAAGAAAUACUACUGCAAAGCUGGCAUCAAGAGCAUACAGUUACAUGGAGUGCUGAGAGUCAUCAUGGAGCCACUACUAGGAGACAUGCCUCUGAUUGGAGCACUUUCUGUUUUCUUCCUCAAAAAACCUACAUUGGACAUUAACUGGACUGGUCUGACCAACAUGCUGGAUAUCCCAGGAUUGAAUGGACUGUGUGAUGGAGUCAUUGAAGAUAUUAUCUGCAGUUACCUGGUGCUGCCCAAUAAAAUAUCCAUCCCACUGGUGGAAGAUGCACAAAUGGCAAAACUACGCUUCCCUAUACCUAAGGGUGUUUUGCGAGUGCAUUUUAUGGAGGCACAGGACCUGUUGGCUAAGGACACGUUUCUGGGUGGUUUGAUUAAAGGCAAAUCUGAUCCGUAUGGGGUCAUUAAAGUUGGCAACCGUCUCUUCCAGAGCAAAGUCAUCAAGGACUGCCUAAACCCUAAAUGGAAUGAAGUAUAUGAGGCGUAUGUGUAUGAUCAGCCAGGCCAGCAUCUGGAAAUUGAGUUGUUUGAUGAAGACCCUGAUGAAGAUGACUUCCUGGGCAGGCUUGUCAUUGACGUUACCGAGUUGCAGAAGGAGCAGAAAGUUGACGAGUGGUUUGUGCUGGAUGAUGUGUCCUCUGGAAAACUGCAUCUAAAGCUGGAGUGGCUCACUCCUCUUUCUACAUCUGAUAAACUGGACCAGGUGUUGAGCAGUAUUAGGGCAGAUAAAGGGCAGGCUAAUGAUGGACUCGCUUCAGCACUGCUGGUCGUACACCUGGACUCAGCUAGGAACUUGCCUAGUGUGUUUGAGGGUGACCUGGGCAGUGGUUGUCUGAAGGAGCGUCGCACUGCAGGUCUGGUGUUCUGUGAGAACACUGCAACCCUCUACAGGACUCUGUUUCGCAAUCCAUUAGAAUUCAACCAUGCAGGUCUGAAGGAGUCCUCAAUCAAUAAAGCACUAAAGUCUGCAAAAAAGGUCAGCAGUGACCCCAGUCCCUUCGUCCAGUUUAGGGUUGGACACAAGACUUACGAGAGCAAGACACGUUAUAAAACCAAUGAGCCCGUUUGGGAGGAGGCCUUUACAUUCCUAAUACAUAACCCAAGGAGUCAGGAACUAGAAGUGGAGGUAAAGGAUGAGAGGCAUGAGUGCACACUCGGGACUUUGACUCUCCCUCUGACCCAGCUGUUGGAGGCUGGGAAUAUGACCCUCAGUCACAGGUUCCCUCUGAAAAGUGCAGGACCCAGUGCUACACUCAAAAUGAAGAUGGCACUAAGGGUUCUUAGUUUGGAGAAGAUGUCUGUGUCAGAUCAGCCCUCCUCAGUGCAAGUUCGCAGUCGGAGUGCUAGCAUCAUUCCAAAUGCGUCGAACUCCAGCGUUCCUCAAAAUUCCUCAAGUUCCAGCACCACCCCAAAAGCAUCAAGUUCUGUUGUCACCCCCAAGCCUCCUACCCAGCUUCCUUCUGCUCCAGAGGCUCUCAAACCUGUCCCUGAAAACAAGCCAUUGGUAGGACCAAUCUCUAACAGUACGCCAUCAGAGGAAUCACCUGUUCGUCUUGCACAAACUGGAAAGAGCGCUUCUAAUUUGGCAAUCUCAGGCUCUCAGCUGAAUCUGAACAGCAAAGAGCCAACUCCCAGCAUUGCCUCUGACAUCUCCAACCCCUUUGCCACCCAGGAGCUACAGCACAGAAUACGGGAGCUUCAGAAUGGUUCUGCUCCUAAUCAUUUUCCCCUGGGACAGAUUGAGUUGACAAUAAGACAUAGUUCCCAUCGAAACAAGCUUGUAGUAGUGGUACACCAGUGCAGGAAUCUCAUAGCAUUCACAGACAGCGGCUCUGACCCAUACGUGCGUUUGUACCUGCUCCCGGAUAAACGACGAUCUGGACGCAGAAAAACCCACACAGUGAAGAAAAAGCUCAACCCAACUUUCGAUGAAUCAUUUGAAUUCACUGUGUCACUGGUGGAGUUGCACAGAAGGACUCUGGAUGUAGCAGUGAAGAACGGAGGUGGAAUUCUGUCCAAACACAAAGGUCUUCUGGGCAAGGUUCUGGUGGAUUUGACUUCAGAGGACAUAACAAAAGGCUGGACCCAGUGGUACGAACUAAGUGAGGAUGGACGGAAGAAGCCAUCUGCUUAAUCAGAAGACACAAUCACACCCUGCCUUCAAGAAAAACUACAACUCCCUGCAUGGAGUCCCUGAAUGAACUACACAAAUGUCAGCCAUAUUGAAGUGUUCUGUUUUUAGCUGAUGGGCACAUUCUGCUUAUGUUAUAUAGACUAAUUUUUUAUCAGGAUAUUUUAUUAAGAUGACCUGCAGAGCAAAUGUUUUGAAUAUCUGUUUAAGUUGCACGGGGGUCUCUUGGGUUAAUUUGUGCAAUAGAAACAAGAGAAUGGAGCAUGUGUCUAAUAUGUAUAUGUGAGAGAGUGAACAAGUGAAGUGUUGAAGUUGAGAGAAUCUGCAUGCUGUGUCUGUGAAGCUUUAAAGGAGCUCUUCAGCAUUUUUCUAUAUAAUCUCCAUCUCAUCUGUAAGCAUACAGUUGACUGUCAGACAUAUUUGUGUAACUUUGUUAAUAAAAGAUGUUGCUUGCAAAAAUUAUAAUAGACUGGUAAUAGUGGACAGGUGCUGAAGUAUCAUUGAAGUCUAUUGUAAGUUUGUUUCCAGGCAAUAGGUUUUGUUCUUGUUUACUAGGUACAGGUAAACAUAUUGAAAUUAUGGUCCAUGGCAGUCAGCUGUAUGAUGCAGAUGCGGCAGAUUAGUUUGAAAUAAUCUACUGCAUUCCUUUAAGGCUUCUAUACAGAAAAACAACUGUUGUCAUGUCGGUCUUUAAAAAUAAAUAAAAGCAUUAAUAUAAACAUAAUAUACAUCCAGAGUAGAAGAGAAAUGUAAACAGUCACAGCCAAGUGUAUAUGUGUGUGCAUCUAUGAGUGUGUUUUAUCUUAAACCAAAUCUGUUCCUAUACUGUCUAACCUAUGGCAGUUUGCACUUUGUGUGUGUAUGUGUGUGUGUGUGUGCGUGUGCGUGUGCGUGUGCGUGUGUGUGUGUGUGUGUGGAAAGUUCACCAGUAUCAUGUUAUUCACAGUUGUGUAUAUCAUUAAUUAGAUUUUGAUAUUUACCAUGUAACAGUCCUAAUCAUAUGAAGCACAUAUAUCAGUCUUACUGUUGCAUAGUCAUGUUCCAAAACUUCACCUAAGAAGCAUGUCAUCACCUGCAAAGGCCUUCCUUAAAUGCUCUAAUGCUGUGUAGAUACGACCAAACCUUAGCCUCUUCACUCUUCUUUCCUCUAAUCAAGCAGGUCCUCCUCUCCCUUUAAGCUCCCCUGGACGGACCACUGUCCCUCUGACUGUGUCUCAGUCUGUACUCUUCUGUUGUUACCUUUAUUAAUAAGGGGUUUGCUUAUUAUAUUGUUAAUUAUUAUAUUGAGGUUAGGGCAGAAUGUUCUUGAAAUGCAUCUCUGUGAAAGCUUGCCUUUCAAAGGUGUGUGUGCAUGUGUAUUCCCUGUGCCUUAUGCCUGGAUGGGUCUAUCAGAUGAGCACAUCAAGUGCUGUAUGUGAUGGCCUUUGUUUUUAAAUGAAAAUUCCACAAAAAGUCAUACAGAGUGGUUUGAUGUGAAAUUCUAAAGAAACCUACAGAGUCAAAAUUGUUGUGCGGUGGUAAUAAGAAUCAAACAUCCAUAGCAUUUAAUGUCUCAAACUACCUCAAAGGAAGUUAUUACGUUAAUAGCUUAAAAAUAUGCUGCCUAAAGCCGCAGGCAUUGUUUUACUAAAGAUUUAAGUAAGCUUUCAGCCUAAAUCUCUCCCUGGCAGAAAGGUACAUACAGAGUGUUUUAAGACAAAAUAGUACCCCAAGAUAUAUAUAGCUCAGAAGACAUGUAGAUUCACCAGUCAUUGAGCAUAGUAAAUAAAAUAGCCAGCCUUAUUUGUGUUUUAGACACUGUGACCCUGGUCCCUAAAGAACUCUAAGUUGACUUUCUCAUUUUACAUCAAAGCACUCUGAAUGACUCUGAAUUAUUAAAUUAUGCAGAAAUUGUGAAAAAUAGUUAUUAAUCAUUUAAAAAUGCUAUAUUUUUUCACUAUAAUGCUAGCAGAAGGUGUUACUACCAUCAAUCUUAAAUGAUGUUAAAUCAUUAUAUAAGCAGCCUCGAUCAUACAAUGCGAGCAACCUGAGUCUUGUGCCUUCUUAUUAGUUGCAGUUGACUGUUGACUGACUUUCUGAGGCACUUUUCCCAUCAGAGACACUUACAGAUUUGCUAUUCCACACUGGCUGGUCUGAGAGUCAGUGUCUGAGAUUGCUUUAUCGUUUAAGCAUCCACAGUUUUUAUGUCACAUUUGAAUGAUGACCAACUAAUGAUUGGUGAUUGGUGUUCUCAAAUCAAAUCACAUUGAAGACAUCCUGACCUGUAACAGGCUUUAUGCUGCAGUGAGAACAUUCUGUGAGGGUCUCAAAGAGAAUACAGCAGCCAUGGUGCUCUGCACUAUGUGUGUGUGAGAGUGAUUGAGAGUCUUUUUGUCCUUCUGUGUUUUCAGUAAUAAAGAACCUAUGCCCUACCUAGCAAGUCAA